GUGACAGCAGCGUCCAUAUCAACCACCGUACCAAGUUCAAGUUCCUUUAUUUGUCAAAUACACAACGUAACAGGCAAAGCAGUCAUAGCUUGCAAUGACAUUUUUGUAUGUUAACAAUGCAAACAGAUAUACAUUCCAGCCAUCUUGUUGUUAUCGCAGACAGAAACAUGUGAUGUGGAUGCAGGCUGAUCGAAAAUAAUUUUCACACAUUUCAACAUUUUAGAGCCAUUAUUGUGAAACUACUAUGUUUUCCACUGUGGACCAACCAUGCUACAUGUUGUUGUGAUACUGGGUUAUCACAACACACACGGACAGGCAGGGCUGUCAUUCAAAAGGAGGCCAUCCUUCUGACUGUUCUUGCAGAUUUCCCGGAAUAUCGAUUGCAAAACCCAAAAAGUUGUUCCUGUUCUGUGAAACAGAAAGUUAAGCAGGGUUGUAUUUAAAACCACAGCAGAUCAGGACUGCAAGCUCAGACAACGGGAGAAAGGAUUCCACACCAAUACUGAACUGUAGUCUAACAGGUCGACCAUGCCGGAAAGUCAUCUGAUGGGCUUUUUAGUCCUCUUUUUCUCAAUCCUUCCUACUGAAUCAACUAUUGGAAUUCUCAACUCAAUAAACGACCUGAAGAAAAUCCCAUUCGGUCAAUCGGUGCCCAAGCAAAGCCUUCCGCUGCUCCACUUUUUUGCCAGCACCAUAGAAUUUGACAACAACGACUUGAUAGAGCUGACCUUUGAACCAAGCAAUGGAGACUAUGGCACUCAUCACUAUGGAAACUAUGAGGGAGUCCUGGAUCGACUGCCACCCGGCCAGCAGUACUACACCCUCGGCAACAUCAACCCCAUGAUCAACAAUAACGGAAUCUCUUUGCCCUCUUAUGUCGCGGGUCACGUAAACCAUCUGUUGGGGGGUGAGGAACUCAACAGGGCCCGCAUCAUAUUCUCGCUCUUGGACCAGGACACCAUCGGUCAGGUGUUCAUCACACAGCACUACGAGGCCAAUCAGGAUCUGGGGACUGGAUACGACCCAGUGCACACCUACCGGAUCACCUUCAACCUCUUGAGGGAGCUCAGAGUCUUCUCCUUGGACCGAAGACAACACUCUGAGCUGUCAGAGAUCGGAGGCAACAUCGGAAGCGGCAUCACUGACCACGAACUUUCGUCUGUAAGAAACACGUGGGGCCAGCUGGCGUGUGUUGGACUGCUGUUGUUCAUCGUGAUACACGAGAGGAAUUCCCCUUGCAGUCCAAACAGAGCUCGAGAACCGAAGCGUCCUCCAAAAUGUAACGUUCGAGAACCGAAGCUUCCUCCCAAAAGAAACGUUAGACAACCGAAGCUUCCUCUGAAACCCAACGUUCGAGUACUGGCGAGUCCUCCGAAACGUAACGUUCGAGCAAGCGUUACUCCGCACAUAUCUGUGAAUAUUCCAGAGAACGACAUCAACCUCAGACCACCAAACCAGGACUGGGACAUUGUUCAAUGUUGCAAUAAAUGUUGGUUUGCGUUCAAGAUAUGCGGACUAAUAGUAGGAGUAGCAAUAGUAAUAAGCAUAAUAAUAAUAAUAUGCAAGUACCUACCUUAAUUUAUUGAGCACCUUUCGAAAGCAGAUGACAAAGUGCUUGACAGAAUAGAAUGAAACCAGAAUAGGAGAAUAGAAUAGCUGAAACCCUGACCCUAAGUGCAGAAUAAAUAAGACACCAAAUACAUAUCAUAUAACUAAAUAUAAACAUUUGGAGAUGUAGGGGAGUGCUAGAUCAAGCCUAGCUUUAAAGGUGAUGACAGUAGAGGUGGGAGCUGGCCCCCUUGGGAAGGCCAAGGUUCACUGGAGUGGAGUUCCACGCCAUACCCUUCACGGUGGAGUGAUGUCGGUGCUCUACAAGAACCACCGGGACACCAGUGGGAUCCUUCACUAAAGUACUGGGCCAUCUUGGGGAACCUUUGAAACAUCGGUUCCACUAAACAAAGGCCAUGGGGUCAGGCUCCACAAAGACAGACGUUUUUGCCUUUGCUUUCCCAGGCAAUAUAUGAACAAAAGAAGAAAAGAGAAGAAAAUAAAAAAAAUCAGCCAUCUUGUUGUUUUCUCAGACCGACAGAAACAUGCGACAUGGACGCACGCAUAUAGAAAAGAACGGGUCAAGUACAAAAACAAUUAAAUACAAAAACACAGUUUGCGAUAACGAGUUAAAGUUACUUCCUUAUUAUUAUUAUUACCGUCUUAUUAUUAUUAUUCAACACUGCCAAUGAGGAUGUGCACUACCAUUACAUUUCCGUGGGGGGAUUAUUGGUGAAUAGCAUAAUUCCCAAACAUUUAAGCACAUACUUGUGCUAAUGCGCUAAGUAUUUAAUUUCUACAUUUCUGUAAUAGUUUUUUUCAGUCUGUAGGCUUACUUUCCCUGUAUUCACAUCCCACUUGUUCUUAAAAUAAUAAUUUGGUUCAUAUAUUUAAACAUGACUUUUUAAGUCUCAACCCAUAUAUAUUCAUACCUACAUUUUGAUUUCUUGCAACUGAUUUAAACAAUACAUACAUAUAUAUAUUGUGUGUGGGUUUGUGCUUAUCUGUGUGUGUUUUGCAUUCUAAUAUGAAAAUGUAUUUUGGGUGUGGUUUCCAUAUAAGUCUGUACAGGUUUCUGCCACAACCACACAUGUACUUUUUUUCAGCACAUGUUUUCUUUUUUAUAAACUUGUAUGUGAAAUUAACGAAAAAAAACGAAAUCAAUUAAAACAAUUUUAUUAUAAUCCGUGUACCUUACAUUUUUGCAGAUUUUUGCUGGUAGCUCUGUUUUUUUUUUGCUGUUAGUGCGCUACCAAGUAAAAAAGUAAUUCUCAAGACCCAAUCCCAAAGUGAGCCCUGAGGAUUUAGGACUAAGGACUCACAGACUUAAUUGAUCUCAGGUGCUUAGUGAGCGAGUGUGUGAGGCCACAUGGGCUCAGAUAGGUAUAUGAGACUGGGUUAUCACAACACAGACAGACAGGCAGGGCCAUUGCAGAUUUCACAGAAUACCGAUCCCUGUUCCCAUUCACACAUGACCCAAUACAGGAACUCUUCUGGAACAUUGCAGGGUAAGACUGCAUGUGUGAAAGCCGCUUUAGCAUUGUGGUCACAAAAAUAAACACAAUAAAAAAAUAAUAAUUUAUUGUUGGCGCUUCUUACAUUUAGUUGGGGGCUCCGGAUAGUUUGCUGGUGCUCCUAAGCUUUUGAGGUUUGGAUCACAAAUGCUAACAAGUAAAAUAGUGAUUGUCAAGACCUGAAUGACAUUGCAUAUCAAUUGUUUCAAACACCAACUAACCAAACUAGUCAGAACGCACUUCUGGGUGUGUCGGCAACAAACAUUGUAUGACAACCGUUGGUCCCAAAGAGAAUGUGGGCAAAAUCCCAAUCCUGCCAUACGACAUAACGAAUAAAUUGUAUCAUUUUAAAACAUGCUCUAACAUGAGUACCCCUCCUUCCCGCCCCAAACAAUGAAUCAAACAACAAAGUUGUUCCUGUUCUGUGAAACAGAAAGUUAAGCAGGGUUGUAUUUUAAACCAAAGCAUAUCAGGACUGCAAGCUCAGUAGACGGCAGAAAGGAUUCCACACCAAUACUGAACUGUAGCCUAAUAACAGGUAAGCAGCUCACACCUCAAAACUAACGAGUCAUGGAUUUAAAUGUAAUGUUUUGCAAAUAAGAAAAAUGUACAGAUUUUGUAUAUAUAAUCAACUAUGUA